GUCUUUGCAUGAUGCAAGGUGCACCUGGAUUUGGGCGUGGGAUGACUGUAGAUUUCAGGGAUGAUGUCUCCGUCCCCUCCUCUCAACGUGCAAGUAGCCGAUCACUAGUCUCACCUCCACCCAAUGAAAAACUAAGAGCAUCUUGGACCUCUCCUGACAGGUCAAACAUGAAAGUAACUGCUCAUUUGGGGCAAGAUUUCACACACAACGAACAGGGUCAGAUCAGAUCAGAUGCAAUGGAGGGCCCUGGCUCAUUAUUCCAGGAGGUUCAACGCCGACAUAUGCUUCAGGAGUUCCAGAAGCAGUUUAAGCAAAGUGAGGCGGCUGGGCGGCCCCCACUGAACCAGUUUGACUCAAGUCCUAGACACAGACAACCCUCACUGCCUUCAAUGGACGGAGAGAAGCAGUGGUUUAUAAACUUUGAUCAGCAGCAGCAGCAGCAGAUGAAACAGCAACAACCAUUUGUGCCUUUGCAUGUACCUCCUGCAGCUAUAGCAGCAACCCCUGAACAGCUGCAGCCAAAGCAACAGCAGUCACAUGUGCCUGCUCCCGCAGUGUCACCUCAGCAGCAACGUAGCCCGCAGGUGCAAAUUCUUAAGCGCUCGCCGCGGCCCACCCAACCAAUCCAGCCACCGUAUCAACAAGGGCAGCAUCCACUGCAGCAGAUGCUGCAACAGCAGCAGCUGUCGCCGCCACCACAGGAACUGCAACAGCAACGGCAAGAUCAGACACGGCGGCCUAUUCAGCAGCAAGCUUUCCCUUCCGCACUCACUCCUCCUUUCCUCCCACAAAAUGUUUCUCCCACUCUGCUAGAUCCAAUCUCCUUGCUACCUAUCGAUACAUCCAAACCUCCACCCCCAAUUGGGGUUCCUCUCCCAGGUCUACCAUUCCCCCCCCCUGGGCCUCCGCUUGUCCCCUUUAGCCCUCCUAAUGCCACUACUCAGCCCCCUCUACGACAGCCGAGUAUCCCUCAACUGCCACCCCAGCCCAGUGUCUAUCCUCCUCAAAACACUCGGCCAACGCCGGGAUUUAGACACCACCCCGAGAGGUCAAAGGCAACUACCCACAUGGGAGGGGAUGGCUCCGCAUUUACUGCCGUGCCAGACUCUGUGUGGGACAACAUUCCAUUGGGCGGAGGGUAUACGCCACUUGACAGCAGUGUCAAGACAAUGUCACAAGCAUUCCUUCCCAGAGCAAGUGAUCUACUACCUCAGCCAGCAGGCCAGGGAGGUCCUGGUCAGAUGGACCAGAACCAGUCCAAGGCAUCCAUCAAACACAAGAGGGACGGUGUCCAAUCACAGCAGAAACCAUGGGCCAGGAAAGACAAGGCAAAAGGGCGUGGUAUGACUAAAAAAGAUGGCCAAAGUGCAGGGGUGUCCCCAGCCACCAAGCCAGUUGGGGCACACAGCGCCCCUAUGCCCACCAAACAACCCCAGGAAACCACCCAAGCAUUGUCUCAGGAACAGGCGAAGAAUGAGUACGAGUGGCAGAGCUUUAAGAUCGUCCGUAAAGUCAGGAAGGUCCUGGGAGGUCUGAAGGACGAACAGGAUGCUGCAGCUGCUGCCGCUGAGAUCAACAACAUCAUGAAGGCGGAGUCUGGCCGUCUGGCCUGCUUCCCCUGGCCCAAGGAGCAGUUUGUUGCCCUGGAUGAGAUCCUGGGAUGGGCGAUGGAACGGCCCGAGAUAGUGGAGAUUGUCUGCAAGCUGAUACAAGAGCUUCAUGGUCAGCACCCAGAGAACUUUGCGGAAGAUCUGACAAAUACCAUCAUGAAGAGGCACACUCAGUAUAUAAAGGUCUCCACGGCAACCAAUAAAGAGAAGUUGUAUGCCACAUUCAGUGGCCUGGUGGCAAACAUGUUUGUCCUGUCCCGCAGUGUCGCGAGUGACUUCAGGGAGAUCGUGGACAAGUUGCUGGACAUGACCGUGAAUAAGUGGAUCAUGUGUGAUGUGCAGGGUACAGCAGAGGAUCCCUCAAUGCUUUCUGAGGUCUACGCAUGUUGUCUGAGGGCUUUGUUCAUCAUCAUCGGUCCCCAGCUGGACGAACAGAAAGACCAGAAGUACAACAAGCUGCUGAGGGACCAGGUGCUUGGGAACCAGCCAAGAUAUGUUAAGGAGGCCAUGCUGGACCUUCUCCUGUUAAGAGCAGUCGGCUGGAAGUGGUCGCUAGAGUUCAAGACGGAGUCCACGUUAGAUUCCAAGAGACAGACUGCCGAUGAUCGGGACAGCAGACCAGAAACAGAUGAGAGUCAGAACAGAGUGGAUGGAGAAAAAGUGCCUGAAAACAGUCCCCAAGACAGCCAGACCAAUAUUGUAGACAAUCAAGAAGGCUCAAACUUAGUCAGAGGUGGGGGAGAUGCCUCCUCAACAGCACCUGCGACAGACGCUAAUGUGACUGCAGCCAAAGAAACCCCAAGUCAACCUGUGACCUCAGAUGUGUCGAGAUUGGACGAGGGCAAGAUGCAGUCCCCAUCUCUUGCCAGUGAUGUCUCUGUCCAUGUCCCACCAAAGAAUGGCUCCUGUCUGGCACAGAAUGCAAGUGACCGUCCGGAUGCCAGUGCUGGUGAUUCACAAGCAGAGCAGGCCUCCUUCAAUGUGGAUGGUGGCUCGACGGCCAGAUUUAAGCUGCCAGAUAGAGAAACUGCCGAGCGGGGAGCUUUUGUUCUCAAUCAAACCCCAUUCCAAGUGCCUUACAUUCCAUCGUCGCCGGUCAGCAACAGUUUCAUGGCCUCCCGACAGACCACACCACAUCAGUUCGUUCCUGGAGUGUCAACUGCUAGUCUCAACAGUUGGUCCCCCGUUUACCUAAACCAUCCUCGAGAAACAAAGGCUUCAAAUGAAGAAGGCUCCCCGAGCAAACCCAAACUCGGCCUGUCGUUACAAACAAAUGCUUCAAAACGGCCGGAAACCACACAGGACUCUCUGCUUCGGACCGUCAACACAGCAGCCAUUGGCCCAGUUGGCAAUUUCUCUACUGUACCGUCUCCGUCCAGACUCAUGGCCACCACGGUCGGUCCAGCUAUCCAGUUGUCAAGCCAAGUUGGCAUCACAGGCCUGGCUGCUGCAGAAUCUGCUAAACAGUCCAGCACCCCUGAUACCGUGCCACAGACAGGAGGUCCUACGUCCAAGCAGCUCUCUGCCAACAACAGUAACUGUUUGGGAAAAUGCUAUCAUUCAGAUGGCCAGGAAAAUGAUGCAGAGGAUCAUGAUACUAGACUGCAGUCAAUUAAAGAGCAGGGCCUGACAGAAGCAGCUGAUUUUCUGACCAGGGCAGAAAAAGGAGCCAUUUCUGAGGCCACAGAUGAACAUCAGCAACCUGAUCAAGGACAGACAGGCACUGGACAUAGAGGGUUGCCACGGCAGAAAGAGAACUUCUGGGAAGAGGAGUCUGACAGCACAAGCGAUUUGGAACAGCUACCUUCAGCAUCGUCAGGAGAUUAUGGACCACCCAAAGUCUUCUUGCCGCAGCAGGAGCUGUCGCAUCAACUAGAGGGAGCUAGACAUGGCGGCGGCCAGGUCCAGCUAGAUACCCAAAGGGGACAGAGUCAAGGGCCUUUCUAUGGGCGGUCUGAGAAGGGGUCACCUAGCCUCUUAGCUGUGGCUGCUGGGUCUCCGAGAUGCGGUUCUAAUGUCUUGGGGAGAGGCAUGAUGAGGAUGGAGCAAGGCGGUGGGAGGGCUUCCCCAGCCACAGGCUUAUUGACUUCCCCGUUGGCUUUCAUUCAGGCAACUACUGGACCCACGAGGAGUGCAGCCAGAAAAGAUGGAGAUACACAAAUGAUGGAAGCUACUGUUGAGCAGACAAACAAUUCUGCAGAAGCCAAGAAGAGUCAGGCAGUUGGGUCACUGAACCAGAAGCUUGUGUCAUCUGUGAUCAAUAAUGACCCCAACUCGACACUUGGCCAGACCAAAGACAUGGAAGCCCGUCAAGGAAAUGAAGUAGGACAUGACACAAAAGCACCACAGACUCUGUCAGGUGAUGACAAUGCUCCAUCAUUGGUGACUGUCAAGGGCUUGUCUCCCAGACCCAAGGGAAGCAAUAUCCAAGACACCUUUCAACCCACUCUUGAUGUCGCCACAGAUUACUUUGGUGUUAAAGGUUCACAAAAUGGGCAGCGUAUUCAAGAUAUCUUUAGGCAGACGGCAUUUAGGGCACCAGAGUUUGUUCCAGAGGAAAUGGAUAAAGCUUUGGAUGAAAAAGGAAGCCCAACUCCUGAGGGCAAUCCAGGAAAUGAUGACCUGGGUAAGGAAGGUUGCGGAGCUCCCAACAAAGGAGUGAUGGCAGCGACAGGGCCAGGAGUUACUACUCAACGUUCACUUGUGGAACGUAAGGAAGAGCAGCCCUUGGGGACAGCAAGCCGCUCCACUGAGCCUACCAAGCAGUCGAUGGCGUGCCCUCUGUGUGGAAGCAACAAACACCGAACUCGCCAGUGUGACGUGUUCAAGAUGUACGCCCCACGGGCCAAGACCUCCAACAUGUCCAACGGGGAACCCGAGCCAGAGCCAGAGAUCCGCGAGGUACAGAAACCAAAGACAGAGUCCAAAUUCGGGCAGACUAUCUUCUGCAGCAAGUGCGGACAGAAGGGUCACUUGACGUACGAUUGUCCAGUCAGGGGCAACUUUAAUAUUUUCAAGUAAUUCCAGUCUCCACAAUGAAUCAUGCAAGAGAGUUAUGGACUCUGUGCACAAGUAACCCCCUCAACAGUUAUGAGAAAAUAGUUGGAGGGGGGGGAGAGCACUGGGAGGGACUUUCCAAUUGCAUUGCCAGUCGCACCUGGCACUCACAAGAAGACAUUGUGGGAUUGUGCAGAUUCAGAACAUUAGUCGAGCGUACUUUGAGUCAUACACACAACAGUGUGUCCCUCCCACUGGGGCUCUCCAAAGUGGUCACAAAGUGCCCUCUAUUGUUCCUGCACAGAGUCCAAUGCUGUGCAAAACAGCGACAGAAUGAUAAGAGAGAGAGAAAACAAUCUGACCCAGGUGGUCUUGUUCUUUAAUGUUUUUUUUGGUCAGAAGACUCAAACUGUUUAUUAAGUACAAUUUUUAUUGGUCCAAAAAAACCCAAAAAUAAUUGUAUCACGUAUAAGUCACCUGAAACUUCAACCAAAUCCAGAACAUUGUCAUGUCAAGAUCUUCACUAAGAGAAGCUGACUAGGCGCAUUAUAGUAAUUUUAAAGUUGAAGAAAGAAAUUGACUGGAGCGGGGUUUGAACCUAUGACCUCUGGAUUGCCGUUCUGGUGCUCUACCAACUGAGCUAUCCAGCCCUAUGUUGGCGGUUCCCCAUUUUGUCAAUGUCUUUGUGCAAGGGGAGGUAGUCGAAAGCCAUAAACCUGUACCGUGUGUGCCAUGUAGCCAGGGAUCACGCCAAAAAGUUGUGAUGCCAGCACCAUUAGCAAUGCUUCAAACCUGAGAAUACAUACAGGGAUCACAUAAUGCAUAUUGCAGACUUGAUAAGGAGAGGUUCAUGUACAUGUAUGUAGGACAAAAUUAACUGUUUGGUAAAACUUUGCCACAGUGAAUGCAGUCCAGGCAUCACAGUAUGCUUGACUGGGACUGCCUAAAACAGUUAAGGGCCUGAGAAUCCCCACACCAAUUGGCCAAUAAAUAACACAUGCUUGUGGCAUUGGCAACAGAAUGAGAUCGCCAACAGCAAAGAUGGCAGCCACUCGUAUGACCGUCGGUCUUUGCUGGGUCAGUUGCCAUGCAUGGAGCAUGAUCUGCCGUUUCACAUCUUAUGCAAUACAUGUACUUCAACGGCAAUUCGGCAAACAACUAGCCAUUGCGAGUUUUAAAUGAAAAUAGAAGAACAAUACGAUCCAUGUACAAGUAGAUUGUUUGCACUGCAGCUAUCAUUGAAGUUUGUGUUUUGUUCAGUAGGGAGGAUAUUCAUUAUGAUUUGGUGGGCCUAACACCUCUGUCCAAAGGAGGACCGUUUUGAAAGGCAAAAUGACAGUGGUACAGAAACAAACGCAACAGAACAAAACUCGACGAUGGCUGCUGAAUUCAAUCGAUCUAUACCGUUAUAAUAUUAAACUGGAUCCAGCUGAAAUGUCUUGCAGUUAAAAGCAGAAGUUAAUGUCCACCAAAGUUGCUCACUGACUUGCCUGUUAGUUUUGUGUCAUUGACAAAGGACAACAAAUACAAAGAAGUUAUUUAUUUUUUUUAUAAGAGUUUCUUUAUUAAUUUAUUCUCGGUUUUUAUUACAUGUAGUGCUUGAGAUUAAAUUAAAAUCACGGCACAAGAUGUUUAUCAUUAAUUGUUACCCCUCUUAAAAAAUGAAAGAAAAGAAAUAGUAUUCAGGAUUUGGAAAAGCUGUUGGGUUACUGUAAUGCUGCAAAGAUUAGAGGUACACACAUUCAUUUGGGAUUUUAAGUACAUCAAGAUGAUAAUUGUUGAUACAUGCGAUAAUCUGAAUGGAAGUUAUCAUGGGCCCGAUUUUGUAUCCUGUGAUUUUGCACCCAAUUGAUCUAAAGAAGGUUGGGAAAGUGUUGACCUACGUGUAUAUAAUAAUAACGGGUACGUAAAUGGCUUUUUACAUCAUUA